CGCUAUCGCAAACAUACGUGGUUACUUCAGUUGGAAACAAAUUGCAUCGAGGUUAAGCUUUCUUCUUCGCUGAUCAUUUUAGGAUGUUAACCAAAUUUUUCAUUGUAUCGUGUCUAACCUUUUUCAAGUUCACAGCUGCGACUACCUGUGAACGACACUAUGAGAAAGUAGGAUGCUUCCAUCGACAGUACAAGCUACUACCAGAUCUUAUUGUCAACGAUCGAGACGUGACACAUCAGAAUUACUCUGGAGUUGAGAUUGAUUGGAAUAAUACAGAAAGUUCCCUACACAGUUUAGCCUGUCGUUGUUCUGAUAAAGCCAGAGGCUUCUAUCCUUACUUUUCUAUCGGUUUUUAUGGCGAAUGUUGGGCUGGAACUGAUUUGAAAUUGUAUAACAUCGUCAUCAAUUCUGAUGACCAACGGACAGACAAAUGUGUCACUGGUGCGAAUCUAUCAAAAUGCAACGAUGUAGAUGACAGAGAAUGUGCUGGAAAAGGAUUUAUCGAAUACAUUUACUUUGUCAAAGAUAUUCCUGCGCCAAAAACAACACAAAUUACUUCUACCAAAGAAAUAAAGACGGGCGCUUCGACAACACACACUAAAGUACCAACACAGCGCCCUGAAACUGAUGCACCAACACAACGCCCUGAUACUGAUGCACCAACACAACUCCCUGAUACUGAUGCACCAACACAACGCCCUGAUACUGAUGCACCAACACAACGCCCUGAUACUGAUGCACCAACACAACUCCCUGAUACUGAUGCACCAACACAACGCCCUGAUACUGAUGCACCAACACAACGCCCUGAUACUGAUGCACCAACACAACGCCCUGAUACUGAUGCACCAACACAACGCCCUGAUACUGAUGCACCAACACAACUCCCUGAUACUGAUGCACCAACACAACGCCCUGAUACUGAUGCACCAACACAACGCCCUGAUACUGAUGCACCAACACAACGCCCUGAUACUGAUGCACCAACACAACGCCCUGAUACUGAUGCACCAACACAACUCCCUGAUACUGAUGCACCAACACAACGCCCUGAUACUGAUGCACCAACACAACGCCCUGAUACUGAUGCACCAACACAGCGUCCUAAUACUGAUGCACCAACAAGACAUCCAGCAACAACAGUUGCUGUAGAGACUACAGUAUUAAUGUGCAGCACUACCUCACAAGAGGAGACGAAGCCAACUACACCAAGCGUUCAUUGUGAGUGGACAUACGGUAAGGGCAUCGGAGGGCCAAAAGUUUUCACAGAGCCGGUUCACACCCGCGCAGAAUGCAUCAAUGCCUGCUUAAAACUUAAAAGUACGUAUCCGGAUAUAAAUGGGGCCACAGUCCCUGCAAUGACUAUGAUAAAAUUUAGAUGUCGGUGCGAAAGAAGAAUGUCUAGCAGAAAUAGAAAUGCGAAAUGGUUAAGCUGCUAUUUUAAAUAAAUAGAGAAAAAUACUUGUUUGUACUCGUUAUAAAGAAAAAUGGUCACUUUAUGUUA